GAUUUUCAUGAUAUGUCACCUUUAAUGCUCGUUCUUGUCUUUCAGACUGAUCAGGGCAUCAAGAAUUUGCCAGUUGAAGAGGCUGAUCGUCUGGCAUCCACCGACCCGGAUUACUCCAUCAGAGACCUUUACAAUGCCAUCUCAAAUGGCAACUUCCCAUCCUGGACUCUCUACAUCCAAGUCAUGACCUUUGAGCAGGCGGAGAACUGGCAGUGGAAUCCGUUUGAUUUGACUAAGGUGUGGCCCCAUAAAGACUUCCCUCUGAUUCCUGUGGGACGCCUCGUGUUGAACCGAAACCCUGUCAACUAUUUCGCUGAGGUCGAGCAGCUGGCAUUUGAUCCCAGUAACAUGCCACCUGGCAUUGAGCCCAGCCCGGACAAGAUGUUGCAGGGGCGUCUUUUCUCCUAUCCAGACACACAUAGGCAUCGGCUCGGAGCGAAUUACCUCCAGCUGUCCGUCAACUGCCCCUACCGCACCCGCGUGGCAAACUACCAGAGAGACGGACCCAUGUGCAUGUUUGACAACCAGGGGGGAGCUCCUAACUACUUCCCCAACAGCUUCAGCGCUCCUGAUACCCAGCUGCGCUUCGUCGAGUCCAAGUGUAAAGUGUCUCCUGAUGUGGCCCGAUACAACAGUGCAGAUGAUGACAAUGUGACCCAGGUGCGCACUUUCUUCACUCAGGUGUUGAACGAAGCUGAGCGAGAGCGUCUGUGUCAGAACAUGGCCGGCCAUAUAAAAGGAGCUCAACUGUUUAUUCAGAAACGUGCGGUGCAAAACCUAAUGGCCGUUCACCCCGAUUAUGGCACUCGCAUUCAAACUCUCCUGGAUAAAUACAACACGGAAGGGAAAAAGAACACUAUUCAUGUUUAUACUCGUGGUGGAGCGUCCGCUGUGGCCGCAGCUUCUAAGAUGUGAUUUCAAAGUCUCUCUGCACACACAUAUAAACACAUUCAUUCUCUUAUAGAGUGUGAUAUAGAGUCAUGAUGCUUAAUUCAUUUCUUGUGUGCUGUAGAAAUACGGACAUCAUAUCUAAUAUGGCCAAUUCACAACACAAGUGGUAUUAGCAAAUGCAGCGCUGAUUCCUUAAUCAUGAUUAAUGCCGUCAAACCAAAUGGAGGCCUUUGAUGCAUAUACGCAAGUUUGAGCUUAUCCAAACUAAAUCAGUCUGUUUCAGUAUAUUUCUGCAUUUUGAUUAUGUGCGAAAUGUAGAAUAGCCAAAAAUAAUCUGAGAAUGAACACAAAUGUUUAAUAUUAAUACUGUGUGAGCCUUUUGAUUUUUUUUUCUUUAUAUCUUGGCUACUGAUGCCGUUUAAUGUUAAAUAAGAGAAAUUAACUCUUUCCGUCCCUUUUGCCUUUAACUGAAUAUAAUUCAGUUCUGAUAAUACGAACACCUUUUGUCAUUUUGUAAUUAAUAAAUAUGAAU